AUGGUGACAAACGAAAGAUCUGGUCAUAAACGUGGAAGAAGAGAAGAUUCGUCCAGCAAAAGUGUUUCUCCUCCUGAGAAAGAAAAGACAGGUGGUAAGGAUGCUAACAAACAGGCUUUCUUGUCCCAAAAGUCCAUUGCUCGCUUCUUCUAUGAGAACCACGUCGAACUUUCAGCUGUAGAUUCUCCAAGUUUCUGGAAGAUGAUGACUGCAAGCUGUGGUCAGACGGAGCUUAAGCUCCCUGAUUCUCAUGACUUAAAAGGAUGGAUGCUGCAAGAAACAUUAAAGGAAGUGGAAGUUCAUGUGAAGAAGAUCAAAGAUUCUUGGACGGUCACAGGUUGCAGCCUCUUGUUGGAUGCUUGGAUUGACGAGAAAGGCCGUGAUCUUGUUGCUUUCGUCGCAGAUUGUCCUGCAGGUCCGGUGUAUCUCAAGUCCUUUGAUGUUUCUCUUAUCAAAAGCAACGCCACUGCGUUAGUUUCGCUAGUAGAUGAGCUUGUUGAUGAAGUUGGAAGGCAUAACGUGAUCCAGAUUGUUGCAUCUUCAACUUGUGGUUGGGUUGGUGAACUAGGCAAGUCUUUUGCUGCUAGUAACGACGAAAAGGUUUUCUGGUCUGUGAGUGUAUCUCACUGCUUCGAGCUUAUGCUGGUGAAGAUUGGGAAAAUGUAUACCCUUGGUUACAUAGUUGACAAGGUGAAUAAAAUCACACAGUUCAUCAACAACAAUCCUUUGGUUCUGAAGCUUGUUAGAGACCACAGCGAUGGAGUAGACAUGACUGCCUCUUCCUCUUCCUUUGAGUUUGAGUUUUUCAUACCGUAUCUAACUCUAGAGAGCAUUUUCAAGGCGAAGAAAGCUUUGGGAGACAUGUUUGCUUUAUCUGAUUGGAACAAAGAAGAAGACAUAGAAAUAUCAAAACUGAUGAAUGAUUCCUCCUUUUGGGAAACUGUAGAGAUAGUUGUGAAAUGCGCGUCUCCUCUCAUCCGCGGUCUGCUCUUUCUCUCAGCUGCCAACAAUCAGCAAGUUGGUUAUAUAUAUGACGCUAUGGAUGGGAUUAAGGAGAGUAUAGCGAAGGAGUUCAAUGACAAGAAGCUAUGUUACGAGCCGUUAUGGGAAGUGAUAGAUGAAGUGUGGAACACGCACCUUCACAGUCCUCUUCAUGCUGCUGGUUACUUUCUAAACCCGACUGCUUUCUACUUUAACGGUUUCCAUCUUGAUCAAGAAGUUGCCACGGGUCUUAUCUCCACUCUGCUUCAUACGGAGAAAGAACGUAGCAUUCAAGCUAAAAUUGCCACACAGCUUCAUAUGUACAGACUCGGUCAAGAUUGCUUUAACGAGGCAAGUCAAGCUGAUCAGAUCUCUGGAUUGGCUCCAGCUGAGUGGUGGGCUCAAAAGGCGAGCGAACACCCGGAACUGCAGAGUUUCGCCGUUAAGGUUCUGAGCCAGACAUGUGAAGGUGCUUCAAGGUAUAAGAUGAAGAGAAGCUUAGCAGAGAAGCUGCUGCUUACUGAAGGAAUGAGCCGUAGUGAACAACAGCAUCUGGAAGAGUUGGCGUUUGUUCAUUACAAUCUUCAUCUACAAAGUUGCAAAACCAAACUAAAGCGAAGAACAACUUCUUCACUUUCCCUCUCCCUCUCUCUCUCUUGUGGAAAACAAGGGCUUCGUCGUCUCCUGUUAACCGACUCGACGCUGUUGACUCGCUUAGACCCAGCAACUAAGGUAAAGGCUGGAACCUGGGUUGUGAGACUCGUUAAAUGCUUCAAAGUUUGA